AUGGUAUCCAAACGAAACAUAUAUCGCUUCAAAAAUGUAGUAAAGGAUGGGAUGACAUUUUACAUCAAAGGUCCAAACUUUGCAGCAUUGAAGACGGGUAGUUUUAAGUUAACUCGUCAUGAUCAGAAAUUCACAUUCGUCCAACAAACUGUUGUUACAGAGUGUAACAAUUUUUCUGGAUCUCUGUUUGGCUUUUCGUUUGUUGAUUAUCAAGCCGUGUUAUCAUUGACCCAUCCUCAAGAUACAUCUGUUGAUGUUAUGGGUUUGGUUGUUGCAAUUGCUGAGAUACAACAAGGUCAUCCAGAGAAAUCAAAACACAAGCUGAACAUCCGCAUCCAAGAUGCAAACGGUUUGCAACUUCAUGUCAAUUUGUGGGGUGAAUAUGCGUACAAGAUGCUUGAUUAUAUAAAUAACAAUCCAGACAAUCGUCGCAUCGUUGUUAUUCUUCAGUUUGGUCAGAUUAAUGUUUGGAGAGAUCGUCCAAGUGUAAACACCUACUUUACCUCUUCCAAGUUGUUCAUUAACUCUGACAUAGAUGAAAUUACCAAUUUCAACAAAAGUUUGGAUGGAGAUGAUCGUCCCGAUUCAUCUACAAAUACAUUUUUGAUUAUCUCAUCCAAUCAAAUUUCUGCAUAUGAUGAUUUUAUGGUAAAAAAUAACCUGAAGGGUAUCGCUGAGGUUUGGGAACGAGUCGAGAAAUGUAAUUUCGUUAUCGUGGGUACUAUAAAGGGAAUUUUACAAAACCAAAAAUGGUAUUAUGAAACAUGUACCAACUGUUCUGGUAAAGCAAGUGAAAAUGAUGCUCAUCAAACAAAGACUUAUGAAUGUCAUAAUGAAAAUUGCACAAAAACUACCACUUCGGUUGUUCCAAGGUUUAUGAUUCCUAUACGCGUGCAAGAUAAUACGGGAACUCUAACCUUAACCAUGUUUGAGAGAGAAUGGAGGUAUCUGUUGAAGCAGUCAGCUAAGGAGUUUGUUAAAAAAAUGAUUGAGCGUGGAGACGAUCUUGGUUUAUAUCCGGGGGAAAUUAAUGCAUUGAAAGGUUUGAAAUUGGCCUUUAAAAUUUCUGUUUCAAAAUUCAACGUGUCCUUCAAAAACAACCAAUAUGGUAUUGCUAGAAUAAGUGAUGAUGAGACUUUAAUCGAACAACUUGAAAAUAAGUUCACCGAGUCACAGGAUGCAGUUUCUGGCAAGGACGAUAACAUAACUCCUUCCACUAUCGACAAAAACGACACAACAAGUCCAAUGAAGAUUUUGAACACAACACCGGUGUUAAAGCGAAAUUUGGAAGAAGUUUUCGAUUUAGAGAUAAGUGAUCACUUAUCUACAUCAAAAACUCCAAAAAUAGGUCCAGAUGGUCCAGGAAAACAAUUGUUGAAAGUAAAGCUAGAGAAAAAUGAUUGA